AUGGCAAGUGGUGGACGAAGUCAAGUAUGGGAGCAUUUCACAAAAGGCCCAUCAGGUACAGUCACAUGCAACAUCUGUACAGCCUCUGUGAGCCAGGGAUCUGGCAGCCUCAAAUUUAAAAAUACAUCCAACUUGUGGGCACACCUUAAAUCAAAACACACAGAGAUGUACGAGAAGAGGCAAAAAGAUGCACAGCCAACCACAUCAUUGAUGAGUAUGACACAGCCAAACCUAAAACAAGUGCUAGAGAAAACCACAAAAUGGACUCUAAAUGAUCCAAGAACUCAAGAAAUGGACAAACUCCUGAUGGAGAUGAUAGCCACUGACAUCCUGCCUUUUACAGUUGUUGAGGGUGCAGGGUUUAAAAGGGUUAUGGCCAAAGCAGAGCCCAGAUACCCAUUAAAGACAGAUAAAUUUUUCCGUACAAAGAAGAUGGAUGAGAUUUACACAGGAGUUGUAAACAAAAUAAAGAAAUUGCUGUCAGUUGAAAAUGCAGGAAACAGCAUUUCUUUUACCACCGACUGUUGGUCAGGGUCAAAUGAGGCACUCAUGAGCCUGACUGCUCAUUUCAUUGACAAGAAUUGGAAAAAGGUCCAACUUGUCUUGAACGUGAAAUCCUUGUCACAGUCCCACACAGGACAGUACAUUGGAGAGACAUUUCUGUCCAUGCUUGAAGAAUGGGAAAUUGAUGAGGAGCGGGUCAUGCUUGUACUCAGGGACAGUGGGGCAAAUAUGGUGAAAGGCAUGCGCCUUGUUGAGAUGCCAGACCUGAGCUGCAGUGCUCACAUACUGCACCUAGCUAUCAAUGAUGGCCUCAGUUCCCAGAGAGUGGUGGUGGACAUUCUGGCAAAGCUGAAGAAAAUUGCAACUCACUUCAACCACUCUGUUACGGCACAGCAACGCCUAUCUAAAAUUCAGGAGGAGCUAGGUGUCGCACAGCAUUCGAUCAUACAGGCAGUACAGACAAGGUGGAACUCGACACUGCACAUGUUGGUGAGGAUGAUUGAACAGAAAAGAGCCAUCACUGCGUAUGCUAGCGACCAUGGACAUUUCUCAUGUCUGUCAGCAGAGGAAUGGUCCAUUGCGUCAAACCUGGCAGAGACCCUUGGACCACUGGAGGAGGUGACACUGGAAUUCAGCAGAGAGGACUCAUCCACAUCCUGCAUCAUACCAUGUUUAGCAGUGUUACAACGUUUACUGGAGUCAGAGGGACCAACCACCAGGGGUAUUCAAACCACAAGAAAAUUCAUGCUGGACAGUUUGCAAAAAAGAUUUGCAAAAGUUAAAGACGCUAAAGAGGUGGUGCUUGCCUGUGCCCUGGACCCACGCUACAAAGAGCGGCCUUUGGUACCAGAAAUUCUGGUAAAAGUGAAAACCUGGCUAAAAGAGGCUAUGGAGACCAGUCCACCAGAUUAUGCCACGCAAACUCCAUCUGAGGAGACCGAUCCCAAAAGGGCGAGAACAGAGGACCAAGUACCCAGUCUCUUAGACUCGCUGUAUGACACUGUGCUCCUUCCAUCCACCAGUGAGGCAGUGGAACCAGAGGGGAUCAUCGAAGAGCUAGAAUGGUACUUCAGAGAGCCUGUCAUUGACAGAAAGAGUGGGAAUCCAUACGAUUGGUGGAAACACAACACCAACCGUUUCACCAGACUGUCAGUUUUGGCAAGGCAGUACCUCUUCUGUCCACCCUCCUCUGUGGCGAGCGAAAGAGUGUUCAGCACCAUAGAGAAUAUUUAUGAGGAUAGGCAAAGCUCUUUGAAAGGAGAUAAUGCAGAGAAACUUUGCUUCUUGUACUACAACCUGCCUCUGCUGGACUGGAGCUAUUGA